ACAAUGGAAGUUCAGUCACCUCAAAGUGUGCAAAUUAAUUUUAAUAACAAGAUCAUAACAUUGCAUAAUGUGACAAUUGUAAAGAAUCCUAAAAUCAUCACAAUCGAUGCAAGCGCAUAUUCAAAUUUCUUGAAGGGAUCGCCUGUUAAGUUAGGAAAUGGAAUUCCAGUGACAACGACAACAGCGAUAAGUCCUCUAAAACUGUCGAUGCCAACACUUGUUCCUUUAAAGCCCAGUUCUGAAUCACCUCAAUUAGUAACGUCAAGAGUUGCUUGCUCAUUUCCGAACUCAACUCUUGUAAAACAACUCCCAAAGUUUACAACUGCUCAAGUUAUUAAAACAAUUCAAACUAAGAAUAGCAUCACAACAAAUCCACCGAUCACUCCUGUAAAAUUACAACAAAUUCCUGUGAAAACUCAACCAACUGUAAUUAUAAGCCCUCCGAAGAAAAUUGUUUCAAACAGUCCUUCGCCAGUCAAAGUCGAAGCACCAAUUUAUCCACAAACAAGUACAAGUACCGUACCGACAAUUGAAACUUCAAUUGCUGUACCAACAAAAGUUAUAAUUUCACCUCCAUUGAAGAACAAAAUAAGUCCAUGUUCUUUGACAUCUCCAGAAAGAAAAAGAAGAUGCUCAAAACUUGAUUUUCGUUGUUUAUUUUGCAAUGAAGUUUAUGACGAUUCAAGUUUAUUGGUCGAACAUCUUAAACAGCAACAUCCACAGUCUGUUAAAAUUCCAAGUCAAGAUGAACAUGAACAACAAGACACAGAAGAAAAAUCAAAACCGACUGAGGAAGAACGUGUGCUUCCAAAUCUGCCACAAUCAAAAUUCGAAGAACAUGUUCCAACUUUAUCCGUGAAGAAGGAACCGCUUGAAGAAGUUCAAUCAAAUAAUGAUCAUGUUAAUGAUGAAAUUGAUGAUGAUGAUGAAUUUGAUGACACAAAUUUUGAAUAUUUUUCAAGUAUUUUGGAGCCAAUUUGUGAAUUAAAUUGUGAAAAUGAUUCAAAUGAAGAAGUUCAAGAUGAAAAUGAAGCGAUGAGACUUUAUCGUGAAGCGAUGGAGAUGAAUUACCUUCAAAAUGGGAUAAAGAAACGAGGAAGGAGGAAAAGACAUAAUUCAAAGCCAUUAGUUGAGAAUACGAUAGCGAUGAAUGGAAUUCUGGCUGGAUUACUUGACACAACCGUUCUUAAAGUUCCAAAAGGUCCCGGACGUGGAAGAAGGAAGGAAAUUGAUGAAAAAGAAUUGGAAAUCGAUCGAAGUAAUGGCGUUUGCUUAUUCAGUUGUAAUCGAUGUGAUGAAACUUUUAAAUAUGCUGGAGAUUUAGCCAAACAUGUUCGAUCGCACACAAUCAGCUCACCUUAUCAGUGUUCGAUAUGUCAGAGAAAAUUUACACACAUUGGAAGUCUCAACACGCAUUUAAGAAUUCAUUCGGGUGAAAGACCGUACAAGUGCAAUCAAUGCGAUAAAAGUUUCACACAAUCAAAUUCUUUAAUGGUUCAUGUGAAGUCUCAUCUUUCAAACAAACCUUUCCAAUGUGAACAAUGCAAUAAAGGUUUUCUCAACGCAUCAAGUCUCGCACUUCAUCAGAAGACGCACACCGGGCCAACAACUGUCACUUGUCCCAUCGAUGAAUGUGGGAAGGAAUUCCGUGAUAAUAAUUUACUUGAAGAGCAUAUGAUGACACAUCGAUUGUCAUUACUUUAUCAAUGUUCGUUGUGUUCGGAGAAGUUUGAGCAAAGCUGUUUGUUGGUACAACAUGUCAAGUCUCACAUUGGCGAUAAACCAUUUCAAUGUAAUCAAUGUGGAAAAUGUUUUACACAACCUGGAAGUUUAAACACUCAUCUUAGGAUUCACACAGGAGAAAAACCUUUUGAAUGCGUUAUGUGUGGCAAGAGAUUCACUCAAGCGUCAAGUUUGAGCGUUCACAUGAAAGUUCAUGGCGAGAAGGAAUUUAAAUGCGUGAUUGAAAAUUGUAAGAAAUCGUACAGCCAAGAAGCUUAUUUGAAGAAACAUAUGAUGAAGCAUAUUGAAGCUAGCUUGAAUUUUGAGAAUGAUCACGUGAAGCAAGUGGCAGCUGAAUAAAAUAUUUUGACGACUUGACGAUCUCAUGUAUCAAAUUUCAUUGGCUAUUGAAUCUUUAUCAUUAAUUAACAAAAACAUUCACUGAAUGUACAACAACAUGAAGCAAAAAUCUCUGCUAUUUAUAUCCCCAUCAGUAUUUUAGGUUGUAAAAAGCGAAAAUGAAUUUAAAAAUUAAUCUAGAAAUUUAGUGCUCAAUAAGCUUUUAUGAUGACAAAACUAAAGAAAUUUCAUAAUUUUAGUUUAAGGAAAACUAAAGUUUCAAAGAAAAAACAUUCAGAACUUUAAUUGAAUUAAAAUUUCUUUUAAACUUCAUUUGAAUAAAUUUUUUUUAAUAAGAUAACUCCUAGAAACUUAAUUUAAGUUUUUACAAGGCAAAUAACUUAAUUUUCUUAAUGAGUUCCUUGUGUGAUUUAGAUUUUAGCAACAAUUUUCUGAUAUUGAUUUGCAUGAACUUUUGUUUCAUUCUUUUAAUGAUGAAAAGAACUUUAGAAGAUCGUUUGAAAGUUGAAUAUAAAAAUAAAAUUCA